CCCGCCUCCGGGGCUUGGGUCAAAGGACAUCCUGGAAGAGGCACUGCUGCUAACUUCUUGUCGCCGGCUCCUGACCCUUCCCAGGACCCGUGAUGCCAAGGCAGCUGCAAGGGGCGACGAACUGUCGGGGUUGAGCCCCGAGCGAGCUGAGGGCUCGCGCUCUUCUAGUCUCCCGGGCCUGCCCCACCUGAAGAAAUGAGUGGUGGAUUGGCCCCAAGUAAAAGCACAGUGUAUGUAUCCAACCUGCCCUUUUCCCUGACCAACAAUGACUUAUACCGGAUAUUUUCCAAGUAUGGCAAAGUUGUAAAGGUUACUAUAAUGAAAGAUAAAGAUACCAGGAAGAGUAAAGGGGUUGCAUUUAUUUUAUUUUUGGAUAAAGACUCUGCACAAAACUGUACCAGGGCAAUAAACAACAAACAGUUAUUCGGUAGAGUGAUAAAAGCAAGCAUUGCUAUUGACAAUGGAAGAGCAGCUGAGUUCAUCCGAAGACGAAACUACUUUGAUAAAUCUAAGUGUUAUGAAUGUGGGGAAAGUGGACACUUAAGUUAUGCCUGUCCUAAAAAUAUGCUUGGAGAACGUGAACCUCCAAAGAAGAAAGAGAAAAAGAAAAAAAAGAAAAUUCCUGAACCAGAAGAAGAAAUUGAAGAAGUAGAAGAAAGUGAUGAUGAAGGGGAAGAUCCUGCUCUUGACAGCCUCAGUCAGGCCAUAGCUUUCCAGCAAGCCAAAAUUGAAGAAGAACAAAAAAAAUGGAAACCCAGUUCAGGGGGUCCCUCAACAUCAGAUGAUUCAAGACGCCCAAGGAUAAAGAAAAGCACAUAUUUCAGUGAUGAGGAGGAACUUAGUGAUUAAAAUUAUAUAUAUUAUGUCAAUAUCAUUAAAAAAUUUUUUAAAUCUU